AUGGGCUCCCGACUAGAAAAGAACUCGGCGCUGGUGCGGAAGCGCAUCGAGGGCCACACCUUCAGCGACGAGCAAGGCGAGGAAUAUGAAGCCUCCAAGUUUGGCGGGUUCGCCGACUACAUGCGGAGGAAGAAAAUCAAACUACAGAAUCUCGACGUCGAAAUACGCGCUCAUUCAUCCGGCAAGCCUCCCAUCUUCCGUGGCGUUGUCGUCCAUGUGAAUGGCUAUACCCAACCUUCGUUAAGCGAUCUCCACACCCUCGUUGUGUCCCAUGGUGGCGGCUUUCUUCAAUACCUCGACGGCAAGACUGCUGUCACUCAUGUCGUUGCAAGCCACCUGACUCCAAAGAAGACCGUUGAGUUUGCACGAUACCGCAUUGUGAAGCCGGCGUGGGUGGUGGACAGUGUGCAGGCCGGGAAACUGUUACCCUGGGAUGCCUACAGAUUGGUCGACGAAGGCGUCACCCAGAAGGUGCUGAGCUUUGAGAGUGGUCAAAUUGUCAGCCAGGUCAAUACUCAACAGAGCAGAUACAAGGAUCAGACCCCGAGAAGUUCGUAUGCCUCUCCAUUGCCCAGAGGGCAACAGAGCCCAAGUGAAGACCAUACACAAGUUCGGCAGGCAGAUGACCAUCGCCGUGACGAAGAAGCCGAUGCUGCCAUGUUUCUGGGUGAGCAAGCACCGGAGAUGGAUGAUGGGCAUGAGGCUCCCCCACAUGAUAUACCUGACUUGCAACACAAAUCACCGGAUCUGGGUCAACCGGCAGACUCUCCGGUGGAGGACCCCCCAAAGCCCGAAAAGCGCCAAUUGACUGCUGAAGAGCACAAUGCUAUCCUUCUCUCCAACCCUCACAUGGCCAAAUCGAGUACAGCAAAUCCCGACUUUAUCAACCAGUACUAUCGUGAAUCCAGGUUGCACCACUUAUCCACCUGGAAAGCGGACUUGAAAGCGCAGUUACAGGCCCGCACCCAGGAGAAGCUGUCCUCUCAGAAAAACAAGCUUCGAAGAGCACCAGGUGCAAGGAGAUAUAUUAUGCACGUCGAUUUUGACAGCUUCUUCGCUGCCGUGUCUCUGCGUAAACACCCUCACUUGGUGGACAAACCCGUGGUGAUCGCGCAUGGGAGCGGACCGGGCUCUGAGAUUGCGAGCUGCAACUACCCCGCCAGAAAGUACGGCAUCAAGAACGGCAUGUGGAUGAAAUCUGCGCUGGGGAUGUGCCCUGAUCUCAAAAUUUUACCCUAUGACUACAAGGCAUACGAGGAGGCCAGCCGUCACUUUUAUGACUCCAUACUCGAGAUAGAUGGUGUGGUUCAAAGCAUAAGUAUAGAUGAGGCCUUGCUGGACGUCAGCGAGCAGUGCAUCAAGGCCGGGGAAGCGGCCCAGCGUCUUGCCCAGGAUUUACGUGCUUCUGUCAAGCAAAAGACAGGCUGCGACGUCUCGGUGGGUAUUGGCGGCAAUAUACUGCUCGCCAAGGUUGCUCUGCGCAAGGCCAAACCCGCCGGCCAACAUCUGAUCAAGCCAGAGGAAGUUCUGGACUUCAUCGGCGACCUGACAGUUACGGAUCUGCCCGGUGUUGCCUGGAGUAUUGGGAACAAGCUGGAAGAAAUCGGGAUCAAGUUCGUCAAGGAUAUCAGGGCCUGCACUAAAGAGAGACUCGUCACCACCUUGGGUCCUAAAACUGGCGAGAAGAUAUGGGACUACUCCCGAGGCAUUGACAGACAGGAAGUGGGUGACCAAGUUGUCCGAAAGUCCGUGUCGGCCGAAAUCAAUUGGGGAAUUCGGUUCGUCAAUCAACAACAGGCAGAAGAGUUUGUGCAGAGUCUCUGCGAGGAGCUCUCGCGGCGGCUUCUCGAGCAACUGGUCAAAGGGAGACAACUGACCAUGAAGAUCAUGCGCAAGGCUGCAGACGCCGGCCUAGAUCCUCCCAAGAAUUUGGGUCAUGGCAAGUGUGAUACCUUUAACAAGAGUGUUGUCCUGGGAGUUGCCACGAACGACGCAGCUAUCUUAGGAAAGGAAGCAAUUUCCAUUUUGCGUGGCUAUGGUUUUCCGCCUGGAGAGCUACGAGGCCUAGGAGUACAAAUGCAGAAACUGGAGCCUCUGAAGCCGUCCACUGCCAGCGUAGGCGGCUUGAUGGACGGCAGCCAAAGAAGGCUGCAGUUCAAGAAGCCCGUCACCCAAACAUCGACCUUGAGUGAUCAGAACAGACAGAGCCCGCUCCCUAAACCGACGCUGAUGUCUAAAGAGUCGAACGAUCCGAUCGAAGAAGUGCCUACUCCCGAGAAGCCGAAAGCGAAUGAAGUCAUUACUGGCGCUAUCGAGACGAUUACCGGCGCCGACGAAGAAGAGUCCACCCAAAAGCCGCUGAAUAUCAGCGGUACGCAGUUCGUGCUCCCGUCUCAGAUUGAUCCAGCCGUACUGGCGGAGCUGCCAGCGGACAUCAGGAACAAACUUGCGCCCAGACAAAAAAGUAUUUUGGACAUUAUGAACACCUCUAAUCGCGCAGUUUCCCCCUCUAAUGAGCCUCUGUCGCGCUCCGUCUCGCCUUUCGUGAGUGACCAUGAGGCCGCUUUACCCAGCCAGAGUCAACUGGACCCCGAAACACUUGCAGCACUCCCGCCAGACGUCAGGGAUGAGGUGCUGGCUCAGUAUAAGCCGCGAGACAAAAGAAAAGGACUCCCUACUCUCCAAAGCGCUCUACCUCAAUCGCCUCACAAAUCCAAGGCGUCGGGCCCGACGAAGAAGCUAGUCGUGACGCCGACCAAAAAGCAGAAGACGACAUCAUUGUUCGGCAAGUCUGGUCCCAAGCGAGGUGGCGAUUCUUCAUCAACUCUCACACAGUCUAAUUUUGUGUCAAUGCCCAAGACGAACAGAGAUCAACCACAACAGGAAUCCCCCAUUUCUGAGGAGAUCUCCGAGGCUUUUCUGAACGAGCUGCCCGAAGACAUUCGGCUGGAGAUUCUCGCGGAACAGAAGAGAAACCGGAUGAAGUCGAGAUCUGGUCUGAACUACGACAUUAAUCGGAAGAAGACCGAAACUACCACUCAAGCAGAAGCCACAAGACGGGGGCAACAGAAACUUCCAUUAGCAAAUAAGCCAGAUAAGCCAACCUUCACUUCUCAAAAGCUGAGUUCGCUGCCGGAGUUGCGGGAUGCCAUCUCAGCUUGGGUUCGAGAGCUCUCCGUGGAUGGCGAGGAACCUGAUCUGGAGGAUGUGACUGCACUCUGUGAUUACCUGAGCAAGGUUGUCUCAGUUGAGCGGGACAUGGCCAAGGCUGUCGCUGUGGUCAAUUGGCUGGGGUUGGUGAUAGAGUACGAGAACUUCGGCAGUGACCGAAUCCGUGGUUCGUGGGAGAAAGCGCUGGCUGUUCUGAAAAGAGACGUGCAGAAAGCUGUCAUGGAUAGAGGCCUGCCUGCAGUCGUCUUUGACUACUAA